AAUUUUGUUUUCCAGAUGUACCACUGCUCAAAUUGUAGGGAGAGUUUUACUAAAAGUUGUCAUCUCAAAGAUCAUGAGCGAAUCCACACAGCAGAGAAGCCAUAUGUGUGCUCACAGUGUGGAAAGAGUUUUACUUUCCAGAGUUUUCUCCAACAACAUGAGCGCGUUCACACAGGAGAGAAGCCGUAUCACUGCUUACAGUGUGGGAAGAGUUUUACUUUCCAGAGUAAUCUCCAACAACAUGAGCGCAUUCACACAGGAGAGAAGCCGUAUCACUGCUCACAGUGUGGGAAGAGUUUUACUCGUCAGCAUACUCUCCAACAACAUGAGCACAUUCACACGGGAGAGAAGCCGUAUCACUGCUCCCAGUGUGGGAAGAGUUUUAUUUAUCAGAGUACUCUCCAACGACACGAACGCAUUCACACAGGAGAGAAGCCGUAUUACUGUGAACAGUGUGGGAAGAAUUUUACUUCUCAGAGUCAUCUCCAACAACACAAGUGCAUUCACACAAGAGAGAAGCCGUAUUACUGUGAACAGUGUGGGAAGAGUUUUACUUGUCAGCGUUAUCUCCAUCAACACGAGCGCAUUCACACAGGAGAGAAGCCGUGUCACUGCUCACAGUGUGGGAAGAGUUUUACUUGUCAGUGUAAUCUCCAACAACACGAGCGCAUUCACACAGGAGAGAAGCCAUAUUACUGCUCACAGUGUGGGAAGAGUUUUAUUUGUCGGAGUACUCUCCAACAGCACAAGCACAUUCAUACAGGAGAGAAGCCAUAUCACUGCUCACAGUGUGGGAAGAGUUUUAUUUGUCAGCAUACUCUCCAGCAACAUGAGCGCAUUCACACAGGAGAGAGGGCGUUUCACUGUGGACAGUGUGGGAAGAGUUUUACUCGACAGAGUCAUCUCCAACAACAUGAGCAUAUUCACACAGGAGAGAAGCCGUAUCACUGCUCACUGUGUGGACAAAGCUAUACUCAUUCAAGUUCAUUAAGGAAACACAAGUAUCACAAGCGGAUGCACACAGGAGAGAAGCCAUAUGUGUGCUCGCAGUGUGGGAAGAGUUUCACUCGUCAGAGUAAUCUCCAAAUACACGAGCGCAUUCACACGGGAGAGAAGCCGUAUCACUGCUCACAGUGUGGGAAGAGUUUUAGUCAAGAGAGUAAUCUCAAACAACACAGGCGCAUUCACACAGGAGAAAAGCCGCAUCACUGCUCACAGUGUGGGAAGAGUUUUACUCAAGAGAGUAGUCUCAAACAACACAAGCGCAUUCACACAGGAGAGAAACCGUAUCACUGCUCACAGUGUGGGAAGAGUUUUACUUAUCAGAGUCAUCUCCAACAACACAAGCGCAUUCACACAGGAGAGAAACCGUAUCACUGCUCACAGUGUGGGAAGAGUUUUACUUACCAGAGUGCUCUCCAAAUACACGAGCGCAUUCACACGGGAGAGAAGCCAUAUUGCUGCUCACAGUGUGGGAAGAGUUUAACUUGUAAGCGUCAUCUCCAAAUACAUGAGCGCAUUCAUACGGGAGAGAAGCCGUAUCACUGCUCACAGUGUGGGAAGAGUUUUACUCGUCAGCAUACUCUCCAACAACACAAGCGCAUUCACACAGGAGAAAAACCGUAUCACUGCUCACAGUGUGGGAAGAGUUUUAAUUGUCAGAGAAAUCUCCAAGUACACAAGCGCAUUCACACUGGAGAGAAGCCGUAUCACUGCUCACAGUGUGGGAAGAGUUUUACUCGUCAGAGUUAUCUCAAACAACACGAGCGCAUUCACACAGGAGAGAAGCCGUAUCACUGCUCACAGUGUGGGAAGAGUUUUAGUCAAGAGAGUAAUCUCAAACAACAUGAGCGCAUUCACACGGGAGAGAAGCCGUAUCACUGCUCACAGUGUGGGAAGAGUUUUAGUCAAGAGAGUAAUCUCAAACAACACAAGCGCAUUCACACGGGAGAGAAGCCCUUUCACUGCUCACAGUGUGGGAAAAGUUUUCGUGACCAGAGUGCCCUCUACAGCCACCAGCUGUGUCAUACAGGACAGAAACUGUACGUCUGCGGACAAUGUGGACGGGGCUAUGCUCAUUCAAGUUCAUUAAGGACACACAAGUGCUCUAACAAAGCCAUCAGCUCUUGAUAUGUGAAUUUGUCAAAUUUACAUACAUGCUGUCCAUUUUCAUUUUUUAAAGUCAGGUAAAGAGACUUUCUGGCAUAAAACAAUAUUAUAUCAUUUGUCAUGGACUGUAGUAUUCUGUUGAAUGGGACUGUUAUUACUUACUUGUUAUUCUUUAACUGAAUGCAUAUGCAUUUAAUUUCCUGAAAUUCACAUCUAGAUGUGUUAAACAACUUUGGUGGCAAACCACCCAAUAUUUAGGUGAACAAAAGUAUAGGUACAGAUGGUCUUAAAGUAAAUAAUUAUCAUUGGUUGCAUGUUCCUUGUUUGCAAUAACUGCAUCAAGUUGGUGACCCACUAACAUCACCAAACUGGUGAAUUCUUCCUUGUCAUGCUAUUCUUGGCUUUUACUACAGCCUUUUUCAGUUGUUGUAUGUUUCUGGGGGUUUCGCCCUUCAGUUUCCCUCGUCAGGAGGUGAAAUACUCCUCGACUGGUUUAAGGUCUGGUGAUUGAUUUUCCCAUUCUAAAAUCUUCCAUUUUUUCCCUCCUGAAGUCCUUUGUUGAGUUGGUAGUGUGUUUUGAAUCAUUGUCUUGCUGCAUGAUGAAGUCCCAAUUAUAUUGGAUCAGAUUGUUUUUGUAAACUUCUGAAUUCAUUCUGCUGCUAUCAUCAAGAGUUACAUCAAUAAAGAUUAGUGAGCCCAUUCCAGAAGCAGCCAUGCAACUAGCCAUGAGACUACCUCCACCAUGCUUGACUGAUGAGCUUCUAUGUUUUGGAUUAUGAGCAGAUCCUUUCUUUCUCCACACUUUGUCCUUUCCAUCACUUUCCUGUAGCACCAAUUGUAUCAUAUUUGCUACAUGAGUUCUCAGACCUCUAUAUUGUCAACAUGAUCAGUAGUUUGCUGAAAACACCUGUUGUAUGGCUUCUGACAUGUCUUCUGCCUUCUGGUGGAUUAUCCGUGCACUGCCGGAAGUAGCAGGCUUUUAAAGCCAUAUGUCUGUUUCAUGUAGCGACUCAAGGUUUUGGCAGGGGAUUGUUUGCUAAUUAUGAAAGUUACAGCAAGAAUUUAUAUUGUUAGUAAUAUUUCAAUAUGAAUUUUUACAGUAUUGAAGCAACAUAUAAUUAUUUAACAUUUUGUGCCUUAUUUUAAUAGUAAAAUCCUGUUGAAAAUGUGUGUAUGAAAUAUCAUACAGCAGGUACAUAUGGUAAUAAACCCCUCAAUUGUCA